AUGCCAAGAUCGUUUCGUGCAGGUUCACCAUUGCCAAUUGAUCCGGAAAUUGAGAAAACCGCAAAGAAGCUAAGAAAGCAAGCUAAGCUUCGAAAGAAGCAAAGCACGUCUACUUCUUCACCGGUUCUCAAUAUUUGGAAAGAUAUUGAGUUGUCAUCCGAUUCAGAAGACCAAACAGAGGAAGAAGAAGAGACGCCUCAUUCUGAGCAAGAAGAACCGGUCAUCGAGACUGAAGAGGAAAUGGCGAAUCCCAAACGCACUUUAAGGGAAUGGGCAGCACCCAACGUCGCCGAGCAACCUCUUUGCAUCACCUAUCUGGCAGAAGAGGUAAGUACAGAACUUAAAACUGGUUUAAUACACUUACUACCUUGUUUUCAUGGUUUAGCUAACGAAGACCCGUACAAGCAUAUGACCGAGUUCCACAUGGUGUGCUUGGGGAUGAAGCCACAAGGCACGACAAUGGAGAAUCUCAAGCUGAAGGCAUUUCCAUUCUCCCUAGUUGACGCAGCUAGGGAGUGGCUUUUCUACUUACCGCCGGGAUCCAUCACCACUUGGGCGCAAAUGGCGAGAACAUUCCUCGACAAGUACUUUCCCGCAUCCAAAGCCUCCGGGCUUAGAACAGAGAUAUGUGGGACCAAGCAGAAGGACAUGGAGUCUUUAUACAAGUAUUGGGAGCGCUUCAAGCGCCUUUGUGUAAGUUGUCCUCAACAUGGAAUUUCUGAUGAAUUACUAAUUCAAUAUUUUUAUGAAGGUUUGCUACCGAUGGAAAGAAAGAUGAUGGAUGCCGCGAGUGGAGGAGCUAUAGUGAACAAGAUGCCAACUCAAGCGAGGACUUUGAUAGACACCAUGGCGGAAAACUCCAAGAAAUUUGAAGUACAGAGUGACAUUGGCCGGGGUGCUAGUGAGGUACAUGUUAAAUAUUUAGAAACUAAAAUAACUGAUUUGACUAACCUUGUUAAACAGCUUGCCAUGGGUAAUAUGCCUCAAGUCAAGGCAUGUGGAUUUUGCUCGUCAGUGGCACACCCCACCGAUGCAUGCCCGAUUUUACAUGAAGAAGAAGAGCAAGUGAACGCCAUUGGGGGUGACAACUUUCAGAAUUCAAGCAAGCGGGCUCCUGACCCUUUCUCGAGCACAUACAACCCUGGUUGGAGGCAACAUCCGAAUCUGAGCUAUGCCCUGAGGGAAGGACAAGGACAAGGCCAGCAAUUUCAGUAA